ACUGGUCCUGAACUAAACAAAGCUUUAAAGGUGUCAGAUUAAAAGGGCUGCUAUUGCUAAGGCUUAACUUCUGUGUAUAGUGGGAAUACAGAUUCUUCCUGUCUUGUUCUAUGAUUCCUGUAUUUAAAAACAGACAGGCUUCAGAAUUACUUCUUGUGAACUAGGGUAGGAGUAAACUCAUGUAAGGCUUCUUAGUAGAUUAUAAUGAAGCAAAAAAGGCACAAAUGUUUCUCCCCUUAAGUAUGAAAUCUUUGAAUCUGCUUUUGUCAAUACCAGAAGAAUCUGAAAGAUACAUGCUAUACAUCCAGUGAAGGCACUUUUGACAGGUGGUAGUAGAUUUAAACAGAUAGUAGAUAGCAGAUUUAAACAGAUAGUAGACAGCAGAUUUAAACAGAUAACAGGGGCAUAGGAACUGACAGUUUCUAAGAGGAUGUUUUUCUUUUGUUUACAGAGAUACAGAACAAAGCCAUACUGCUGUGGCUUAUGCAAGUUCUCAUCCAAAUUGCUUACUUCUUUCAAGAAUCACUUGCAUCGCUACCAUGAGGAUGAAAUGGACCAAGAGAUGGUGGUUUCUUGCCCAAAAUGUUCAUUUUCUUCUCGGCCCAAAGUAGUGGGGGAACACAUCUGGAUGUUUCAUUCGUUUAAUAAACGAAUACAGAACUAUACAGUCAGCAUUUUGGAUGGCAUGAAACAGUUUAGGAGUGACAUCAUAAACUUCACGUGUCUAAAAUGUCAAUUCACAGACACCUUGUAUUACAAUAUGAAGAAACAUGUGCUGUUGAACCAUUUUGAAAACUUACUAAGUGCAUAUUUCGGCGAGAAAUGUGAUGAAAGUACACCAAAUUCAGUUGAGUUCUACUGUAAAAAAUGUAAUGCUUCUGCAAACAGCCCAGAUUCUUUAAUGUACCAUGUCUUGACAGCUGAAACACACAGAGACCUGGAGAACAAACUUCGAUCUCUGAUUUCGGAACGUAUUAAGAAACCUGGGCUUGUAAAACAAAUGCAUAUUGCUCCAAAGCCUGUCCCAGGUGUAGCAGCAGCUGCCCCAGCUGCAGGGCCUGUUGUUGUCCCAGCAGGUUCUGUGACAGCUCCAGCUUGCAUCCAGGUUGCAUUUCCACAGAAUAGUCAAAACCAGAGCAUGGUGCACACACAAGCAGUUCAGAACACAGUUGGACCAGUGACUGUCCCAAGUGCCUCUGGCAGCCUCCCAAAUACCGCCUGUGCUCCUGCCGCUACAUCCUCGCAGGUCGCUCUUGUGCCCAGCAAUCCUCCUGUGGCUCAGAACAACCUUAGUAUUCAGCCGUCACCUUCGCAGGCUGUCAUUGUUUCUCAUGGGCUCCGUCUUAAUCAUUCUGUUGGGACCAUAAAUAGAGCUGUGGCCCCUGCGGUUCUUCCUCUUAAUCAGCCUGUCAGGCCUGGGGUUUUUCCCAUUAAUCAAACCAUUGGGACUAUAAAGAGUCUGGUUCCAGCUGGAACGCUCCCUGCUACUCAACCUGUCGGCCCUGUGAAUCAACCAAUUGCACCAGGAGUCCUCCCUGUGAAUCAACCAGUUGCUCCAGGCAUUCUGUCUGUCAGCCAGUCACUUGGGAACAUGAACAGACCCAUUGAUCCCAGGGUCCUUCCUGUGACGCAGACAGUUGGGUCGGGUCUUCUCCAGCUUAACCAGCCUCUUGCCCCUGGGGUGGUUCCUGUCAGACAGCCUGUUGGACCUGGGUUCCUUCAGCUUAAUCAACCUGUUGCCCCAGCAGUUAUCCCAGUCAAUCAGCCAGUUCAGCCUCCGGUUUCUCAAGGCACAGCUUUUUUGACUGCGGGCUCUAUACUGAGGCAGUUGAUUCCCACUGGCAAGCAGGUUAAUGGGAUACCUACUUUCACGCUGGCCCCUGUCUCUGUUACUUUGCCUGUACCUCCUGGUGGUGGAGUAGCAACUGUGAGGCCUCCGCAGGUGCCCAUCCAGCUCGUGCAGACAGGAUCAGUGGCUCAGCUGUCCCAGUCGCCAGCCAAUGCUCCCUCUCCUCCUGUGGUUCUGACCUCUGACAAUGUAUCCUUGCAGGCCUCCCCUCCUGCUCCUGAAACAAGCCAGGCUGUCAGACAGGCCAAGCAGUGGAAGACCUGCCCUGUUUGUAAUGAGCUUUUCCCCUCAAAUGUCUAUGAGGUGCACAUGGAGGUGGCCCACAAACCAGUUGAAGUAAAAGUGGAAACCCCAGAACCUCAUAAACUUGCAGCUUGCGCAUCCUUUCUAAGGAUGACAGAAAAGGCGAUCCGGUGUUAUGCUUGUAAAUGUUUUCUCUGUGAGGAAGAGCUCAUGAAGCAUAUCUUCAUGCAUGGCUUAUCUUGCUUGUUUUGCACAGGUACUUUCUAUGACUUAAAAAGCCUCGUGGAGCACAACAAAACUGCACACAAUGGGAGAAAGGAGUUGCAUGCAAGUUACAGCAACAGAGGAAUUCAACUAGGUAACGAUGCUCAGGGUGGCCUUGUGUUCCCACACUUCGAUUUCAACACAGUGCUACCAGAUGAAGACAUGGGUGAAAGAGAAGUACAUUUGGCAGUGCUUGUUGGAAUAUAUUCAACAGUUCUUGUCCCUGUUUACAUCAAAGUGAAACCUCAGACAGCACAAGUGAACAGGAGAUGCACCAGAAAAAUGUUCACCUGUCCCUUUUGCUUAGGCACAUUUGCUGGUAGAGAAACCUAUGAAAAGCAUUUGAAAGAGAGGCAUCAUAUAAUGCCGACUGUGCAUACGAUUUUAAAGUCUCCUGCUUUCAAGUGCAUCCACUGUUGUGGUGUGUACACUGGAAAUAUGACUCUGACAGCUAUUGCUGUACAUUUGCUCCGUUGUAGAAGUGCUCCCAAAGACACCAACUCGAGCCUGAAGAUGCAGCUUGAGCGCACUGAGAGGAAAGAGCUGCUGUUUGUGAAUGGUGAGAAGCAUCUUUCUGUGGUACUGAAAAGAAAGCAAUCAGAUUCCUGCUUUGUUGCAGAAGACCAAAGGAAUAAGGAACAGCAGCCUCUGAGCUUAAGUACUGGCAUAGCUCUGUCUGCAGAGAACGAAGUAAAUUCAGGGGUAGUGCCUUUUAAACGACAAAAGGUUAGGACUGAGAUGAGGAAACUUCCUUCUAGUGAGGAUCUCCGCUUUCUAGCAGUAGAUCCUAAUCAGUAUGAUCACAAUUCAUAUGAGGCACAGAAACAGUUUUUGUCAGACUACUUUCACAAGAGGCCAUAUCCUUCUAAAAAAGAGGUGGAAUUACUUUCCUUGCUGCUAUAUGCGUGGAAAAUUGAUGUUGCAUCAUUCUUUGGAAAAAUGAGGAAUACAUGCUUAAAGGCAAUAAAACAUCACAAACCAUCUGUGCUGCUGGGUUUCAGUAUGUCUGAACUAAAAAACAUUAAGCACAGUUUGAAUUUAAAAGAUGGACUAUUGGAUAUGUAACUCAGCUUUUUGUAACAGCUAGAAGCAAUCCAUAAUGGCAUACUUAAAAUUUAGCAGUUUAUUAUAUUGUUUGUUUUAACUUGCAGACUGGCCUGUUGAAGGGUGCAGUAAUACAAGAAGUAUCAUUCACUUGUGACUGUUAUUGUGAAAGGCACACAUAGCUGUGUAUUUUAAAAGCUAAAACCUUCAGACUUAAACAUCUGGAAUUUGUUUUAGCUUUUUAACUUCCCUGGGGGUAGUGUUGUGGGGUUUGUUUUUGUUUUUUUUUUUUU